UUAGGGGGCCGUUGACCAGAAGUGGAACACUGAGGAUAGACCGUGAACAGCAGGGACGCGGGGCGUUCCGUUACCUGGGGAGGAACGGAGGAGGGGGAGACGGAGGGACGGCUAUCCUCCUGACCGCAAUCCACUGUCAUCACUUUAGAAGGGCUUGGAAGGAUUCAGGCAAACUGCUGGAACGUCUGUUCCCUCCUUCGUAUAAUUAACAAGCAGGAAACUUCGCUUAAAUCUUAGUUUUUAUUUCAGAGGAAAAGCCCGACAAAAUGAGAAAGGAGAUCCUCUGUGAUGGGAGCCAUUUGAGAAGAAAAACAACGUCUUUCUCCAUGCGAUCGUAGCUGGGCGCUAUAGCCUACUACCUGUAGGAUUUAAAUCAAUAAUCACUUUACGUAGGAUGUGGCGAUCGGAAGCUGCGAAGACGUGCAAAAUAACGUUUUUAUAGUAAAAUGGAGCGCAAAUUAAGAAUCAUAGAACAAAAAUAGUCGACAUCCACACAGUGAUCUUGGGAUCGAUUAAGAACCUGUCUCUUUUAUGAAGAAAGACUGCGACUGGCGAGCCUCCUGCCUAUGGAACCACCGUGAAAUAUGCGCUUCGGAUUUUUCACUGGGGGAAAGGCAAUAAAGCCGGCGGUAAUUCAGUAGCGCAAUAAUGCACGAUGCUUGUACUUGUGCGGUAAUUUGCAUUGAGUUUGAAAGUUCGAGCAAUAUCUUUAGUAAGUACCAAUGUAACCUUAUAUGUCGCAGGUAUGCGUCUGCUAUGCUGAAGUGCGCGUCCGACUGAACCAGUUAUUAUACGCCUUGAACUUAAGACAGUGCCACCUUCUACUGUCUGCCCUCUAUCACUGGGAGAAGCUUUUUUCCGUUGACACCAAUAAAUAAAAUAACAAAUAUCAAACCAAAGGCUGGAAUCAGGCUCCAUGCUGUUUACUUGAGCUUCCGCAACCUUGCCCACAAGUGGAGUAUUCCAAAGUUGUGAUAAGUGAAGCGUGCUAUAUGAAGAUCUCCGCAUCGCUGUUGGUUUUCUCCCGCAGAGAUGCCAGUGCGCGCCGUGACUUCCACGUUAAUGUACAGGGGCCUUUGCACUAUACCAGACAUCCUAUCGUACCGGACCCCUGUUACCCUUCCCGAGGACGAACUAGAAGAGAUCCGAGAAGCCUUCAAGGUGUUUGACCGCGAUGGAAACGGCUUCAUCUCCAAGCAGGAGCUGGGCAUGGCCAUGCGCUCCCUGGGCUACAUGCCCAACGAGGUGGAGCUGGAGGUCAUCAUCCAGAGGCUGGACAUGGACGGAGAUGGCCAAGUUGAUUUCGACGAAUUUGUCACCCUUCUUGGACCAAAGCUGUCUUCAGCCGGAAUGCCAGACAAGUUCAAUGGGACGGACUUUGAUUCUGUUUUCUGGAAGUGUGACAUGCAGAAGCUGACAGUGGACGAACUGAAGAGGCUCCUGUAUGACACCUUCUGUGACCAUCUGACCAUGAAGGACAUCGAGAACAUCAUUAUGACCGAGGAGAACCACAUGGACAGCGCAGAGUGUCAGGUGGAUAUCGACACAAGUCCAAUGCAACAGGUCAAGCACACCUGUGUUCGGAAGAGUCUAAUUUGUGCCUUCGCCAUUGCGUUCAUCAUCAGCGUCAUGCUCAUUGCGGCCAAUCAGAUGUUACGCAGGGGCAUGAAGUAGGAGGAGCCAGGGAUGGACAUGUCCACAUGGGGAAUCCCCUCCCCCCUUUGUCUUUGUCUUUCGUCAGACGUCUCAGAGCAAGACAGCAAAAAGUAACACAACUUAAAGAAAAGUAACAUUGCAAGGGGCCUAGCUUUGGGCUUGCUGCAGCGACCUACGUCCUGCCUCCUUCCAGGCAGAAAAACUCAUUUUUCCUGCUUCGCUGGGAGAAAAACAGACGGAUGAGUCAAAACGCAGUGAUCAUUUGGGACAACUGUACCACGUCUGCCCACCUACACCUGCUUCUGGAGUGUCAGAGUCAGAGGGAAGUAAGCGCAAGGCAAUAUGGCUGGAGACAACCUUUCAGUGCAUGUACUGCAUGAAACAUCCAUCCUGAUGCAACUGGUGUUUUUCCAUUCGUGCAAGGACAAGUAUCUGUGCGUGCAUAAGUCGUUAUUAAAUGUGCAUCAUAACUUCUUGCCGGUGGUGUCUGGAAACAGGGUCCAGGGGAUGGUGGCAUGCUUGGUUUCAGGACUAAAGAUGAAUUUGUGCAGAAGAUGAGGAUUAAGCUACAUGGACUUGACAUGAGGAUCGUUCAAUGUUACAUCGAAGCUUUGCAGAAUCGCAGAAAGAUCUUCCUCCCGGCUGUGUCCUCAUCAUCACCAGCCGGCGUGCAGACCAGAGUGUUUGCUGCUGUUAAAUUAUGCAUUGGAAGAUGUUGGAACACAACCCUGUGUCUCUAUGUAUUAUCCCCCCGCCCCUUUCUUGGGAUGCACUGGAACCCUCCAGGGUUUCAAUGAUGUUGCCAGGUUGUUGUUGAGCUCAAAAAAACCCCAAUCCUUUCAUUAUCAGGACACAAAACAAACCAAAGUGCGACAGCAGUAACGAAGCAGCCAGGAAAAGUCCCACCCUGAUUCUCAUUCUGGAAGCCCCCCCCCCCACUGUCACAGAAUACCCUGAUUCAGCAAUGUGAGUUGAAGCAAAUACAUGCAACAUAUUACAUCUGAACCUUGACAUCAGGAGGGCCUAAAGAAGUCAGUAGGAAAUGUGAUUUGAUCGCUCAAGCUGUCCAACAAAAUUUAUUUAGUUAGUACGAUUUUUCCAAGCAAGUCACCAAAAAGUGAUUUAUAAUGGUUAAUGGUUUGGGAACCACCAAACAGAAGAAAUCCCAGAGUAACAUGACUGGGGAAAAACCACUUCAAAGAAUAGGACUGAGAUGUUCUGGAAAUGGUGUUAAUUAAAAUAAAAAUGAAAAAUAAGUUGUAAAGAAAAAAGGCCCCAUCAAGGAUGUCCGCAACCACGAGUGAAUAAUCGUGGUCAGGUGACCCAGCUAGAGGCAUCAGACUGAGGGUGGGCUGGGUAUUCUGGAUCUUCUCUACCAUUUUCUACGCACUUUUACUUGUGAGAUGUCUUGUCUGGAAUAUUAGUUCAGGGCUGGGUGGACAUUGAUGCUUGAUGGAAACCAGAAAAAGGGCUAUGCGUUUUGUUGAAAAGUAUUUAGAAUAAGACAGUAAGUGCAAUAUGGUGCAGUCCUGUAGGAACGAGCUACAUCAACACCAUAAAAAUGUGGCAGAGGCACAGGAUGUACCUUGUCAGAUGGUCAGUGCCACAAGACAGCUGAUAGGGGUGAUCCCUCUAUGGCCAGAACCUGUCCUCUUCUCAGCACAGGUCCAACAGGGAGGUCUUCACACACUCUACACAUCCUGUGGAGUGUUUGAACUGUGGGCAUGAGUAGGUAGAUCUUUUGAAGCAUGGAAACCCGAGAAGCAGGAAGUCUACUCUGCUUCCUCUUUUCCUAGAUUCCUGUAGUGAAAGAUAACCAGCUUAUUGUGAAUGUAGUGACUGGGGAAAAGCUGAAGAUCUCGAAGGUACUUUGGUGGAAAUCCAUUUAAGGCUUGAAAAGGUGAGAAUCAGUAUUCUGUAUUCUGCUCCAAAUCUGACGACGGGGGGUGGGAGGGGAUGACAGGGUGGUUAAGGCUUCUGGUCUCUGCAUUUAGUUCCUGCUGAAGACAUCUGCUCAUGCAUGCAGCCAGACUGCAAUGUUCGAGUGCGACAUCAUUCUGACCUUGGCUGCAUUCUGAAAAAUAGAAGAUACCGUGUUUAUUAUUCAGUAUAUUUUACUGCUGUGAGAGUCGCCCAGGAGAAUGUCUGUGUAUUGUUGGUUCCUCACAAUGUCGCCGUGGAAACUUGUUAGAUAAACAAUGUACCCAAAAAAAAAAAAGUUCAGGCAGGUGAAGACAGUGGGGUGCCGACACCCAGACAAGCAGGGAAGGCACUGUCAAUUAUUAAAAAUCGCUCCUUUUCGAUUCCCAGAUCCUAAGCAUUCCGUAGUCAGCGUUACAUUCAACCUAUACAACGACAGACAUUUUCACUUUCACGUCCAAGUGAAAUCUCAUGUCUGUCCAUGGGCCUCGAACCAAAAAUCCUCCCUAGUAAUUUGUCACACACAUAAGAAGUUUAUUUUGUGUGGGUCUUGUGUUUUUCCAAAAUAAUGAAACAAAGACUUUACCAUAUGGGAGUACUGGCAUAGCUCAGUACUGCAGACAAGGGAGUCAGACAUUGAGGCCUACCACUACUACUGCUAACAAUAAAAACAAUAAUAUUAUAAAUAAUAAUAAUUAAAUCAGAAGAGCACUUUGUUUAAUUUUCCAGGUUAUUUCUUGAGCUGAGAUUUUGCUUCACGCUUGUUCAUCAGUCCUCACUAGGACUCAAUAUGAAAAGCAGAUGGAAUGGGAAGGCACCUCUAAUCAUGUGACCACCAUUGAGCAUUUCAGCCAAUAAUAACCUAGCAGUGAAGAGGUCAGACUGGUUCAACUGGGGUGGGGGAUCAGGACAGAAAGUGUUUCUGAUAGACAAAUGUAAAUAACACUGACUAAAUUAUAUUUUACCAAUAGUCAAGAUAGAAAUUAGUGUGUUCCUCUCAAUUUUGAGGUCUCUGUUCCUUUGAAUUAAAUAUGCAAAUUGAAGGUAUAUUGCAAAAAAGUAUAGUAAAUUACACCAUCGUAAACAAAGUCAUAUGCUGUUUUGAGGCCAGAGGUUGGUUAACAUAUCAUGGCCUCUGUUUCCAAAGCUGAGUUCUGUAGUAAAAAAAAAAAGGCAUUUUAACAUAUCAUGUUGAACAAUGUUUAGUUUUAACCUUGAUGUGAUUAUAUUUUUUUAAUUGGGGAAUGGG